AUGGUCAUGCUCAUGCUCCGAAUCCCCGCCGUACUCCCUAGGCAGGUCCAUGCCGACCCGCCGCGCCCGAAAUCCAAGCCAGUCAAGCAGCCAAAACCGCAAACCAAACCAACGUCCCGCAAUCCCACCGGCACCACCUCAACAACCCCCACGAUAGACCCAGCCACACUCUCCUCCGUGUCCUACCUCCCGACACCGUCCAACAACCCAGAGCAAUCCGCCCUGGCCGCGCCCAUCCCACCCGUGGCCUCGCUCAAGAGCACAACCGCCCUCUUCACCUCCCGCAAGCCGCACUUCCUCUACUCGGCCGCGCGCUUCCUGCACCUGCCACAAAACAGCCACACACCCGAAGUAUGCCUGCUGGGGCGCUCCAACGUGGGGAAAUCAACACUGAUCAACGCGCUGGCGGGCGCCGAGGGGGCGACGGCGCGCGCGAGCCACGGCCUGCGGGCGCGCGGGGCCGGGCUGGCCAUCACCAGCCGCCGCGCGGGCAGCACCCAGUGCAUGAACGGGUAUGGGUUUGGAGUGCCGUGUAAGGAGCAGUACCUCUCCUUUGCGCAGGCCGCGCAGGAGGCGCCUAAGCGGGCGAAGAGUCGGUCUGAGAGGAGGAAGGAACAUAAGGAAGAGCCGCCGCGACACCGGCUGGUUAUGGUGGAUAUGCCUGGCUACGGUUUGGGGUCGCAGGAGGCGUGGGGGGUGGAGAUUCAGAAGUAUCUUGCAAGGAGGGCGAUGUUGAGGGGGGCUGUGCUGUUGGUAGAUGCUGUUGCGGGGAUUAAGGAGGCGGAUAAGAUGGUUUUGGGUAUGCUGAGGGAUGCAGAGGUCCGUACUGCUGUGGUCCUGACCAAGGCGGAUAAGCUUGGUGGUGGGGAGGAUGGUAGGAAAGAGAGGGUGGAUGAGGUUUGCUUGAGCGUAUGGGAGGAGCUGAGGAGGGUGGAGCAGGAGAGCUUGACGUGGCUGGAAGGUGCUGAGAGGGGAUGGGAGAGCGAGAUUUGGGUUACUGGCGCGGGGGAUCCGGAGAGUGGUGGACUUGGUGUGGCCGGUGCGAGAUGGGCAAUUUGUCGGAUUGCGGGGAUUGUGAAGGACGAGAGGGUGUUUGAUGUACCUGGGGUGGUUCAGAAACCAUCUGCUCCGAGGAUUGUGUCCUUUGACGAGCUCAUGUGGAAGGCUCCUGCUCAGCAGCGGCCUUCUUUUUAGACGUGGCAGCAGCUUUGUACAUGUUUGUGUAAUAUAUAGAUUGAUACC